UAUAAAAUUCAACCUUCCUCACUCAGCAUUCAUAUUUAUUCAGUUUUCAAUUCAGAUCCAAAGGUAGAAGGAAAAGUGAGAGAGAAUGGACGCCAUUGAUUCCGUUUUCGAUCCUCUCAGAGAAUUCGCCAAGGACAGCGUCAGGCUCGUCAAGCGCUGCCACAAACCCGAUCGUAAAGAAUUCUCUAAGGUUGCCGUGCGUACUGCGAUUGGUUUUGUUGUGAUGGGAUUCGUUGGUUUUUUCGUUAAGCUCAUCUUCAUUCCAAUCAACAACAUCAUCGUCGGAUCUGGUUAGGAUGAGGGGAAUUUCAAUUGCCUCAGGAAUUCAAGUUGUUAAACAUUAAGAGGCAGAAUGAGUUCCCACUUUGUUAGGUCAUUUAAUGAAUUUAAUUGUAGUUCUUUUGUACUUUAUUUUUGGUAUUUACUUGUAUCUUAUCUUCGGAAGCAUUACAGUUUUAUUCGAAAUGUACAAUUUUAUUUUCUGUGUUAGACCUUUGACACAUUGUUUUGAUCUAGGAAAAGGAUGAAAGUAGUUGACAAACUUUUCUUUUGGUUUU